CGGGUUAUGGAAAAAAGGUCCAAGUUGUUUUCCGGGUUGAUGGAUGUGUUUGGUUUCCGUCUGUUAAACUGUUAGUGUUUAGGACUCUACCGUUUGUUGAGGACUCUACCGGUUAUUCAGGAUGCUGCUAGUUUUGUCUGAAGACCAUAAAGAACACCUCUCCUUUCUACCGAAUGUUGACGCCGCAGUGGUUGGAGAGUUUGGUCGCAUAGCGCUGGAGUUCUUAAGGAGAGGAAGCAGUCCCAAGAUCUACGAGGGAGCAGCCAGGAAGCUGUGUGUUCCCGUGGAAAUGGUGCAGCAUGGAGUGGAAGGCCUGAUGUAUCUGAUGACCGAGAGCUCCAAACACAUGAUCUCUGAAGUGGAUUUCUUGGACUCUGUGUUGGUCUUGGGGUUUGGUGAAGAACUUAACCAGAUCCUCUUACAGCUCUACCUCCAACACCACAGUCAGAUUCGCAGCAUCCUGAGUCAGCUGCCCUCCCACCUGCCUGCCUACCACAACCUGGAAUGGAGACUGGAUGUACAGUUGGCGAGUCGUCCAAUCCGUCAGCAGGUCGUUCCCAUGCUGACGAUGCGCCUGCUCAUGACCGGAGGUGGUGACAGCGGUGACCUCAGCAGAAGGGUUCUCCAGACAGACCCCAGCACCCUCCUGCACCUCAUCUCCACACUGGAGGCAGCUCUGGCCGCCAUAAAAACCAAUCACGCUCGCCGCAUAUUUCGCAACAUCAAAUGACCCCCCAGGUCCAUUUUUGUGUAUCUGUGUUUCUCCUGUUAAGCACCACAUUAUUGCCUUUAUACCUGGAUACACUAAGCAGUGUCUGUUUUCUGCCCUGCAGUGAUGAACUGGUCCUGGAUGGUAAACUAGACUUUUGCCCAUCUGACUGGCAAAUGGCCUUCACUUUAUUACCCUUAAGUCAUAAUACUUGCCAAAUGUAAAGUAAAAAAGUUGACGUAGGAAGCAUGUGCCUCAUGUAUUGUUUGUACCAUAUUUAUCAAUAUCAACUUGUGUGUGUAGUGUGCAUAAAUUCUGAAGCAUUCCCCACCAAGGUCAUUACAGUGCUACUAUGCAAACGGUCAACCCCAUCACCAUAACUGUUGGAAAAAGUAAUCACAUCGGCUACCAAAUGAUAAAUAACAUGUAUGAAGGCAUGCAUCCAUCCUGCCUUCUAUCAAAAGGUCAGGCUGGUGAUGGUGGUGUAAUGUAAAUGGUGUGAGGGAUAUUUUCUUAACACACUUCAGGCCCCUUAGUACCAAUUGAGCAUAGUUGAAACGCCACAGCCUUUCUGAGUAUUGUUGCUGACCAUGUCCAUCCUUUCAUGACCACAGUGUACUCAUCUUCUAAUGGCUACUUCCAGCAGGAGAAAGCACCACGUUGCAAGCUCAGAUCAUUCUUGAACAUGACAAUAAGUUCACUGUACUCACAGUCACCAGAUCUCUAUCCAAUAGAGCAUCUUUGGUAUGUGGAAUGUGGAGGUGGAACAGGAGAAUUGCAUCAUGGAUGUGUCGCCAACAAACCUACAGCAACUGAGUGACCUUAGCAUUUCUGAGGAAUGUCGAGAGCCCCUUGUUGAAUUUAUUUCACGAAGAAUUAAAGGCGACAUUUGCUCUUUUUCAAGUUCAUGCUUGUAUUUUGGGUUUCUCCUAAAACAUGUUUACAUUCUUUGGUAUAUUUAACCACAUUAUUUUUCUCUUACUGUCUAUCUGAAUAUACAGAGUCC